AUGAAGAAGGCAAAGGCGAGAUCAUGUUUGUUCCCUGGUGUUUCACGAAUGAUAUUCAUCAGAAUUAUGACUCUUAAAUCACCCAAAGCAAUUUGGGAUUAUCUGAAAGAGGAAUACGUUGGAGAUGAUAGAAUACGAAGCAUGCAAGUGCUGAAUUUAAGGAGGGAAUUUGAACUUCAAAGGAUGCAAGAGUCAGAGACAAUCAAAGAAUACUCAAACAAAUUGUUGAGUAUUGUCAACAAGAUAAAGUUGUUGGGAAGUGAUUUUGCUGAUUCGAGAAUUGUAGAGAAAAUUUUGGUAACGGUGCCGGAGAGGUAUGAAACAUCUAUAGCUUUAUUGGAGAACACAAAGGAUCUGUCGAAAAUCACAUUGGCAGAAGUGCUACAUGCACUGCAAGCUCAAGAGUAG